AUGCAGGCAAACAAAUCUGCCCUCAGGGCCCCCCGAGCGCUGUGCUGCCUCACUCUGAGCAACCCCAUCCGCAUGGCAGCGCUGGCCCUAGUGGAGUGGAAAUAUCCUUUCUCUGAGUCGUUCUUCAAGCCUUUUGAUAUUUUCAUUCUACUUGCCAUUUUUGCCAACUGUGUGGCCAUGGGUGUUACCAAGCCAUACCCAGAUGAUGAUUCCAAUGCUACAAACCACCAACUAGAACAAGUUGAGUAUGUCUUCCUCGUCAUCUUCACCAUUGAGACUUUCACUAAAAUCCUUGCCUACGGCUUAGUCAUGCACCCCAGCGCCUACAUACGCAGCGGAUGGAACUUGCUUGAUUUCGUUAUCGUCAUUGUCGGGUUGUUCAGCGUGAUAGCGGAGGGCAUGACGGAUCACAAGCCAGGAGAGGCCCAUCAUGCUGCAGGAAAACCGGGAGGCCUGGAUGUCAAAGCUCUCAGAGCAUUCAGGGUGCUGCGACCGCUUCGACUCGUAUCUGGAGUGCCAAGUUUACAGAUUGUGUUGAACUCCAUCAUGAAAGCCAUGGUCCCCCUUCUCCACAUUGGUAUGCUGGUCAUGUUUGUCAUCAUCAUCUACGCCAUCAUCGGUUUGGAGCUUUUCAUCGGCAGGAUGCACAAAACGUGCUACUUCCUGAGCACAGGUCUCAUGGUGGAGGACGAUCCAUCUCCUUGUGCGUUUGCCGGCAGCGGGCGCUUUUGUGUGGGCAACGGGACAGAGUGCAGGGGCAAGUGGGAGGGUCCCAACGGCGGGAUCACAAACUUUGACAACAUCUUCUUUGCUAUGCUGACAGUCUUCCAGUGCAUCACCAUGGAGGGUUGGACUGAUGUGCUCUAUUGGAUGAACGAUGCCAUAGGUUACGAGAUUCCAUGGAUUUACUUUGUUUCUCUGGUCAUCUUCGGGUCAUUUUUCAUCAUCAAUCUCGUAUUGGGUGUGUUGAGCGGAGAGUUCUCUAAGGAAAGAGAAAAGGCUGUGGCUCGUGGUGAGCUACAGAAGGCCCAGGAGAGCAAGCAGAUGGAGGAGGACAUGAUUGGCUACAUGGACUGGCUCAUAGAGGCAGAGGAUGUGGAUGAAGAAGGAAACAAACGUGCUGCAAUUGCAAAGAAAAAGAUGAUGAAGAAGUUCGGCUGGUACAAACACAGUGAGGAUGGAGGAGAGUCAGACUCAGACGAUGAUAUCGCGUACCUCGAUGAUGACAACGGCUGCUGUGCUUCUCUUAUGGCAAAGUUGAUGGCCAAUAGCUUCUGUGACCAGCUGUGCCAGCUGAACCAUACUUUUAGGAAGAACUGCCGCGUUGCCGUCAAGACCACUAAUUUCUACUGGUUGGUGCUUCUGCUGGUGUUUCUUAACACAGUGGCCAGCGCCUCCGAGCAUUAUGGACAGCCAAAGUGGCUCACAGAAAUGCAAGAGCGAGCCAAUAAGAUCCUGCUGCUGCUGUUUACUCUGGAGAUGCUGAUGAAGAUGUACGCCUUCGGUCUGCAGAUCUAUUUUAUGGCACUGUUCAACCGCUUUGAUUGCUUUGUGGUGUGCGGCGGUAUUCUCGAGACACUGCUUGUGGAGCUGGAGGUCAUCCCGCCCAUUGGCAUCUCCGUGCUGCGCUGCAUUCGACUGCUCAGGAUAUUUAAGAUGACUCGACACUGGGCUGCCCUGUCUGAUCUGGUCAAUUCCCUGCUCAACUCCAUGAAAGCUAUCUGCUCCCUUCUGCUCCUGCUCUUCCUCUUCCUCAUCAUCUUCGCCUUGCUGGGAAUGCAGUUGUUCGGAGGCAAAUUCAACUUUGACGAGACUCAGAUGAAGAGAAGCACCUUUGACUCGUUCCCUCAGGCUCUGCUCACAUGUUUCCAGAUCCUCACCGGAGAGGACUGGAACGCUGUGAUGUAUGACGGCAUCAUGGCAUACGGAGGGCCCAUCUUCCCUAACAUGGUGGUUUGCAUUUACUUCGUCAUCCUCUUUGUCUGUGGUAACUACAUCCUGCUCAAUGUCUUCUUGGCUAUCGCUGUGGACAACUUGGCUGGAGGUGGUGGAAAGAAAAAAGUGGAAGAGAAAAAGGAAGAGGAGGAAGAGUGGGAUGAGGAUGAGGAGAAAGAGGACGAAGAUGCAGGGAACGAGGAGGAUGACUGGCAGGAAAACGAGGAGCUUCGAGCCAUCGAGGGACUGGAGGGCGUUGCUCCAUUAAAGCCAGAGUUCUCUGGGCCCAAAGAAAAGAUUGUGCCAAUACCUGAUGGAAGCUCCUUCUUCAUUCUUGGAAAGAAAAACUGUUUACGAGUCGCCUGCCACAACCUCAUCCAUCAUCCCUACUUCACCAACUUCAUCCUCAUCUUCAUCAUCCUCAGUAGUAUUUCACUGGCUGCUGAGGAUCCGAUAAAAUCCCACUCGUUCAGGAAUAUUGUGCUCGGAUACGCUGAUUAUGUAUUCACUUCAGUUUUCACCGUGGAGAUCGUGCUAAAGAUGACAGUCUACGGAGCUUUUCUGCACACCGGCUCCUUCUGCAGGAACGCCUUCAACCUUCUCGACCUGCUGGUUGUCAGUGUGUCGCUCACGUCUUUCUUUCUACACUCAAGUGCGAUCUCCGUGGUAAAAAUUCUCCGAGUGCUCCGAGUGCUCAGGCCUCUUCGAGCCAUUAACAGAGCAAAGGGACUGAAGAACGUGGUGCAGUGUGUGUUUGUGGCGAUCCGCACCAUCGGCAACAUCUUGAUCGUCACAACGCUCCUUCAGUUCAUGUUUGCUUGUAUUGGAGUGCAGCUGUUCAAGGGCAGAUUCUACAGCUGCACUGAUGAAGCCAAACACACUCCAGACGAGUGCAAGGGAACUUUUGUGGUCUACAAAGACGGAGAUAUGAACCACCCCAUGGUCAGAGAGCGGAUCUGGCAAAACAGUGAUUUCAACUUUGACAAUGUGCUGAUGGGCAUGUUGGCCUUAUUCACUGUGUCAACGUUUGAAGGCUGGCCACAGCUCCUUUACCGGGCCGUGGAUGCCAACGCCAUAAACCGAGGCCCUAUUUACAACUACCGAGUAGAAAUCUCCAUCUUUUUCAUCAUCUACAUCAUCAUCAUUGCCUUCUUCAUGAUGAACAUAUUUGUGGGUUUUGUCAUCAUCACAUUUCGAGAACAAGGAGAGGCCGAGUUCAAGAACUGCGAACUGAACAAAAAUCAACGUCAGUGUGUGUAUUAUGCACUAAAAGCUCAACCUAUAAAGAUUUACAUUCCCAAAAACCCAUCCCAGCUCAAAUUCUGGAAAAUUAUCAACUCCAGCCAGUUUGAGUACGUCAUGUUUGUACUGAUUCUGGGAAACACCCUCACUCUGGCUGUUCAGCAUUACGAGCAGUCCAAACUCUUCACCUCCAUCAUGGACAUCCUCAACAUGAUCUUCACUGUGGUUUUCACUAUAGAGAUGAUCAUCAAGUUACUGGCUCUGCGGGCUCAUCACUAUUUCAUUGAUCCUUGGAACUCAUUUGAUGCGCUGAUUGUCGUGGGGAGCGUGUUGGACAUUGCAGUCUCUGAGUUUAGCGGAGGAGGCGGCCACGGAGAGGGUGGUGGGAAAGGAGAAAGUGGAAAAGUGUCCAUCACGUUCUUCCGUUUAUUCCGAGUGCUGAGGUUGGUGAAACUGCUCAGCAAAGGAGAGGGCAUUCGAACUCUUCUCUGGACUUUUGUCAAAUCUCUGCAGGCUUUACCGUACGUUGGCCUCCUCAUUGCUAUGAUCUUCUUCAUCUACGCUGUGAUCGGCAUGCAGACAUUUGGGAAAGUGGCAGUUGAUGACGACACACACAUCAACAGAAACUGCAACUUCCAGACCUUCUUCAUGGCUGUUCUGGUCCUUUUCAGGUGUGCCACAGGAGAGCAGUGGCAGGAGAUCAUGUUGGCAGCUCUGCCCGGCAGACGCUGUGACCCAGAAUCUGACACUGAGCCCGGUGAAGAGUUCAGCUGUGGUAGCAACUUGUCCUACAUCUACUUCAUCAGCUUCUUCAUGCUCUGCGCUUACCUGAUUAUCAACUUAUUCAUUGCUGUUAUCAUGGACAACUUUGAAUAUCUAACACGAGACUGGACCGUGCUCGGCACUCAUCACCUGGACGAGUUUAAGAGAGUUUGGUCUGACUACGAUCCAGAGGCCACUGGCCGUAUAAAGCACAUCGAUGUGGUCACUAUGCUGCGGAGGAUUCAGCCACCUCUUGGCUUUGGAAAACUAUGUCCUCAUCGCGUUGCGUGCAAGAGACUGGUCGCUAUGAAUGUCCCGCUGCAUGCUGAUGGGACGGUCACCUUCAACGCUACUCUGUUUGCUCUGGUGCGAACUUCACUCAAGAUCAAGACCGAAGGCCCCAUCGACCAGCAGAAUGAAGAGCUGAAGGUGAUUAUUAAGAAGCUCUGGAAACGCACGAAGCCUAAACUCAUCGAUGAAGUCAUUCCUCCCCCUAGAGGGGACGAGGUGACUUGUGGGAAGUUUUAUGCCAGCUUCUUGAUUCAAGACUAUUUUAAAAAGUAUCGCAAGAGAAAAGAGAGGGAGAGGAAAUCCAAAAAGAAGGACAAGGCGGCUUCUCUGCAGCAAGGGCUGCGGACGCUGCAGGACCUGGCUCCAGAGAUGCGUUUGGCGAUGGCCUGUGACCUGGAAGACGAGGAGGCCACAGAGGGAGAGAUGACUGCCGAUGAGAUAUUCGACAGUGGAACGUCAGCGAACACGACGCCCGCCCCCACGCCAGUUCCACGUCUAGACAUGCUGGUAGAGCAGACGACCGUCAUCGUCGAACCCGAGCCCAAGGUCUCCAAUGGGGACGUGAUCACCGAGCAGGUGACGGGGUUGCAGGAGCACCAGAGACCAGGGUCAGAGCUGGCAGGUCUAAGCAUUGUGACGGAGCAGCCUGUGAGGUCUGAGCCUCUGCCCUUCAGGUCUGACUCGGUGACUGAGCUGCCUCCUCCUCCUCCUCCUCCUCCUCCAGAGAUGUCCGGUGGAGGAGAAGUUAUAGCUGAAGAACCAGUUGUUGUGGCUGCUGGAGGAGUUGAGCAAUUUUACAGCAGUGAGGGAGACGCUGCAAGUCUAGCAUCAGUAGACAGGUAUGCGUACCCAGAGGGUGUCUCUCCUGUACCCACUGAGACCGGCUACAAUGUCCAGAGUCUGGAAAGAGCGAGCAGCAUCGGAGAAAUACCCUAUGACACUCAUCACACCAAUGGCUUUGUGAGCAACGGCUACAGCGACGCCAACAUGAACAGUGGAAGUGUUGCCGCAAGUCCCACUCCCUACUCUGAGAACGGAUACAAUGGGAAUGGAUACACAGGCUAUAAUGGGAACGGCAGCAUAAUCAGCGCCAAUGGAAAUGGAAGCACAAUGAGCGGCUGCAAUGAAAAUGGCAGCACCGUCGAUGGUUACAACGGGAACGGCUACAACGGAAAUGAGAACAGCAGCACACAGUUUGUCAGGAGACGGCUACUUCCUACCAUACCCAAAGGUCGUAAGCCUGCCUUUAACUUCCAGUGUCUGAGGCCACAGAGCAGCGUGGACGACCUCCCCAUCCCAGGAACCUACCACGGCAACACGUCUCCAACCAGAUCCCGUCUACAGACCCAGCACAGUCUGGACUCGCGGCCCAGCAGCGUGUCUUCGAUGUCGUCCGCCUCCUGGGCCAACGCAACAGCAGCUGGCGCCACUCCUCUUCCAGGAAUAAUUGCCCCCUCAGGGCGCAGGGGUAAGCUCAUCUACACUCCUAUGAUCCUGGUGGACGAAGCCACUGGUACCAGCCAGCCGCUGUGGAACGACGGGUCUGCCAGCCUUCCGGCAGGACGACGUCCUGGCUGGUACCCUGGUCAGACCAGGACCUUCACCAGCGUGAGGAUGCCGCCUCCUGUCAACCAGGGCUUCGUAGACAAAGGCAGCGCAGACAGUCUGGUGGAGUCGAUCUUGAUCUCCGAGGGUCUUGGCGUCUACGCCAGGGACCCAAAGUUCGUGACUUUUGCCAAGCGGGAGAUUGCAGAAGCUUGUCACAUGAGUCUGGACGAAAUGGAGAACGCUGCUGCCGACCUGAUAGCACGAGGAGCCAGUCAGUCGAUUUCUCGCUUUGAGGAUGAGCUGGCUGAUGAAAUGAACUGUGUGAUUUCUUACUGAGAUCAGCAACGUGAGAAAGUGAAAAGUGAGGUUUGUAAAAAAAAAAAAACAACAAAACAAAAAAAACCAAAAAGUCUCUCAUGUGUGGAACAUCCUACAAGUGAUCAGUGAAGAUGUUUUUUCUUUUCAUACACAGUACGUUGAAUGUAUUUUACUUUUAUUUGUGAAUGCCAAAACAUACACACACACUGAUUUUAAGAGCACACGUCAGCAUGUGGCAGGACUCAGCAGGGCUUCCCUGUGAACUGCCUGGUGAACAUUUUCAUUGCAGUGUUUUACAGAAGAGUCGUCUGUGGCUCUCAGCAUUGGACUAUUUUUUGCAUUGUAUUCUGGUUUUGUACUGUACUUGAAUUGUUGUAACUUUAUACACACGCGUUGAGUCGCAAUUAAAGCGAAAAACUGUAAAUAAGAGUGUAAUAAACUCAUACAUGUAGCUCAAUAGUACUUUUUACACAGAUGAUGAGAGUUUGUGAGUGUCCAGCAGCAUUAGCUAUUUCAGAAAAAAUAUUUAAAUGCACUGAAUUUCCUCUAACAUGCAACAUGCAAACUUGAAGCAAAAAUAUCUGAAUGACUUUUUUGAGUUAUUGGAACUAUCUGGAUGGGUGGGUAUCGGAUGGGCACAAAUAAAAAAAACUGAUGUUUUCUCAA